AUGGGGAAAGGCCCAGGUCUCUAUCCCGAUAUGGGCAAAAAAACAGAGGUAAUUCAUCAAAAUUUCAUUUGUCGUUUGGAGGAUGAUGUUGUCAGUGUAUGUGACAAUAGUCAAACUGUCCAUGAGCCCAAGCUUAAGGUUGAAAAGCAUGAGUUCUGUUUUGAUGUUUUUCUUGACCAAAAAGUAACCAAUGAUGAGGUGAAUGAAAGGGGUAUUUUGGCCAGGACUCAAUAUUAUUAUGGUGUAUUGAUAGAUUAUGGAGCGAACAAGCUUCUAAUAUAUCAAUUGCAAACCGUCGAGAGAUUAUAUUAGAAUCCAAAGAAGGUGGGAAUGAGAUGGUUUCCUUAAUGGUGUUACUAUUGAUGAGAGGUCUGACUUCCAUGUGAAUUUACUUACCACUGUGCUCUUGGGGUGAGUUUAAUGACUUUAGGGCUAAUCACAACAAAUAGCAGUGUACUUUCACUUAUUUCAAGAUUAUGCAUAUGACAUUAAAGGGGCUAAGAAACAGAAACAGAAACAGAGGACAAAAUAUGGAAACAAGAAAAAUUCACCUGUCGCCUCAACAACAAGAAGAAAACAGUUGGAGAGUUGGAAAGGCUGAGUUUUUCCAUUUUGGAUUUAUUAUGGAGGAACUAUUUUGAGUAAAUGAUGAUAGUGCUUCCAGAACCAUGUAGCGGUAGUUCAUGUUUGCCUAUUUUAUGAUGGAAAUUAAGAUGAGUGAAGAUAACUUCUCAAAUUCUGCUUUGUUGUUGUUGUGCAGGUUGGAUAUAAUUAAAAGAUAUAUGGAUUAAACAAAUUGAAGCUCUUUUUAUGGAAUUAUGAAGAGCCAUGAAUUUGUUUCUCAAGAACUUCCAUCUAACAUUCAUGCUUAUAUGGAACACUCAAAUGUUCAUUUUUUGGAAUAGAAAUAGAUUGAGAAUAACAUUCUACUUUCUGAAUGUUAUAAUAGAAAGAAAUUACCGUUAGAUACUAAAGGUGCCUGUUCCGUGACUUCGUUACCUAUGAUAGAGGAGAGUCAAAGGGAAAGUUUUGAGAGGCCUAAAAUCAUAUAGAGUCUUGCUUACCUGUUAGAGUCAAUGAGCAACAAGUGACAAAUUUACAUUUACUCAAUGUACCCUUGUGGGAUUUUUACAUUUACUCAAUGUACCCUUGUGGGAUUUUCAAUUUUUCCUAGGGGUGAGCAAACCCAAACCAAGAAACCGAGAAACGAACUAAAACCGACGAAACCGAAACCGAAACAAAACCGACGGUUAGAGUUUGAAUUUUUUAAAAACCAAAAAAUCGGGUUCGGUUUCGGUUUUUAUCCAGAAACCGACCCAUACUUAAAACCAACAAACCGACCCAUACUUGAUUGGUUUUUGGUUGUAAUAGACUAUUUCGGGC